AUGCAGCAAGAAAUUGAGAGAUGCAGAGUUCGAGCCAGAAGGCCUGACAUGGCACUUUAUGUACCCAAAGCUCGGAGGGGUGUGGCACUCUGUAAGGCAGCAGGUAAUGAGGAGAAAUGCUGUGGCCCAUCCAAGUCUUUGGUGAAAGGAGAACAAAAAGAACCUGGGGCUCAGAGAGAAGAUACCAAUCCUGAUAGAAAGGAAGACAAUCGUAGGGAAAGAAAGAAAUCUUCAACAAAAUUAAGAAAAGACACAUGCUUUCAAGAAAGAAAUAAAGAUAGAGUUUUUAUUAAGAGGGUGACCACAGAAUCCAAAGAAGUAUUACUUCAAAGACAUCAACAAAAAGUUGCAAAUCCUGAGAUUAUAUCUAGUAUACCUUUACAAAAACAUUUUAAGCCAAAGAAGGUAGAGUGUGUAGAGGUUGAAACCACAGAUGUGAUAGUCCAUGAGGAUAUGCUUCCAUCACAGUCUUGUUCAGAAGGCACUGAGGCUCAGGUUCUUACUGAACCAUUCCAAAACGUGGGGGUCUCUGAUUUUAGUAAGCAUGAACAAAAUGGGGAAAUAUUUGAAGCUGGAGAUUUGGAAAGCAGAACUGAAACUGAUUCCAAGGUUGUGGAGAUAAUAUCCCAGCUUCCUGGAGACCUCAAUUCUGCCUUGAAACCGGAGGGCAUAAUUGCACCACUAAAACCAAACUCUGACUCUGGAAUUAUACAGCAAGAUAUGGAGACAUCAGGUGGAGUGUGGAAGCUCAGCAAUGGAGGCAUCACUUCUGUUUCUGAUCUUGCAAAUCCAUAUAGUGUCAUUCAUCAAACUUGUGUAGACUCUGGAGCUCAGACUUUAGGUGACAUAGACAACAGUACAGGUUUCAUCUUGAGUCAGAAAAGUAUAGAGUCCAUUCCUGAGGCUCUGGGUCACAUCACUCCUAAGAUGACUAGAGUUAGCAAUUUAGAGAACACAGAUGGCAUUUUUGAUUCCACAAUGAUUAGAGAGUGUGAGAAGAAUGUCAGCACUGCUGAUGAGUUAUGUGUAAAGUAUGAACCAUCUGAUACACCUGCCCGUGCUCAUGAAACAUAUACAGAUAAUGGAUCUAAUAGUAUAGGUAACAUUACCAGUAAGGUAUGUGUGAUGGACUUUCCAGAUGCCACAUCCGAUCUUGUAACUGUGGGCAGCCCGUGUGUAUUUGAAGUUAGAAUAGUUGAUGAGGCCAAUAGCAAUAUAAGUAGUGUCUCAGAAUGUAUAGGAACAAGUAUAGACACAGCCCCUCCUCAUGUAGCUAGAAGUGGAAAUGACACUGGAAAUUUCAGCAUCUUGAGGGCUUGCUCAGAUAUUUAUGCUGAGAGUAUUUCAUCUAGUUUUACAGAGUCAACAGGAAAGUUGAUAGAGAGCUUGUCAGAUUGUGCUUCCUCCUUACCUAUAAAGAAGAUUGCUGUUAGUAAUUAUAAUACUUUUUUGGACUCUGAACUCAGUAUGUUAAAUGGGACAAAAGUACUUCUAGAUAGUGCCUUGGGCAAUGAUCUGAAUUGUGCUGGUGAUAUCACAGAACAAUUUCACGAACUAAGAAUUGCCGAAAAGUUAAAAACAAAAGAGGAAGGUGACUCAGAGCAUAUAAAAUUUGAUACAUCAUUUCCUGAUACGGAAUCAGAAUCCAAGGACCCAAAAGCCAUGGAAACUUCACACAUGGAAGGAAGCAAUGAUACUGAGGAGAGCUGGGAGUCUAUGUUUAAUGAUGACGGUGACUGCUUGGAUCCUCGUCUUCUACAGGAGGUGCUUCUGAUGCACAUAAAGUUUGAGGAUCACUGCUCAAAGUUACCAGGAAAUGUGAAGAGCAGAGAAAGCAUCCAGGAACCUAGAUUUGAUUAUUACAACCAUGAAGUUCCUGAUAUAGACCUCAGUGAUUGUGAAUUCCCACAUGUCAUUGAAAUUUAUGACUUCCCCCAAGAAUUUCGUACUGAAGACCUUCUACGGGUUUUCUACAGUUAUCAAAAGAAAGGAUUUGAUAUUAAAUGGGUGGAUGAUACACAUGCUCUAGGAGUAUUCUCCAGUCCAAUUACAGCUCGUGAUGCUCUGGGUAAUAAACAUACCAUGGUGAAGGUCCGGCCCUUGUCAAAGGCCACAAGAGCAGCCAAGGCCAAAGCCAGAGCUUAUGCCGAAUUCCUCCAGCCAGCAAAGGAUCGUCCUGAGACUUCAGCAGCCCUAGCCCGAAGGUUAGUUAUCAGUGCCCUUGGGGUUCGAAGUAAGCAAAGUAAAUCCCAAAGGGAAGCUGAACUCAAGAAACUACAAGAAGCCCGAGAGAGAAAACGGUGGGAAGCCAAGCAACGGGAAGACAUCUGGGAAGGCAGAGACCAAUCUGCUGUUUGAACAUCAUUCAAUGAAAGGGAUAAUUCCAUGCAUUCAGAAAAAUGUUUCCACAGUCUUCAGAUGAGAGGAUAUUUCCAGAGCUCUGUGUACAUGCAGAUGUGCAUGUUAAUGAAAGAAAGAGAUAAAGUCAUCAAGACAAAGACUGACUGGAUGUUGAAAAAGUAGACUUCUGUCUAUCUUCACUUCUAAAUGCAGUGCUUUGGAAUCGUCCUACUGUGGUGGACACAGAAGAGAGCC